AUGGCUAAGUCGGAGCUAGAAGAGCUUGUGGAGUUCUUACACGAUGAAAGAGACCCUGUAAGAUCAGUGGCAUUGGAACACCUUGUUGGGUUCUCUGUAGGUCCUCAGGCCAGUGUAUUCCAUAACGACAACUUUAGACCGAUCUUGGAUCUUAAGGUGUUGUCAAUGAGUAUUGGAAGAACCACAGCAUUGCAUGCAUUUACCAUACUGGCCAACCUGUGCUCUGACUUGAAGGUUAGAGACAUAAUUGCUACAGAUGACGAGUAUCUACAAUUCUUGGUUAACAGCAUAUUGGAUGUCAAUAACAGAAACGCUGAUUUGGUUUGCAUCCUAUUGGCAAAUGUUGCCAAGCAUGAAAAUGCAAAGAAGUUCUUCACCUUUGAUAAAGUCCAAACUGCGUCCAAUGAUGUUUUCAAGAGCCCAAAGGCCAUCGAUUGUCUCAUCGAUGUGUUUGUUAAGGGUGCCGAUAAAUCUUUUAACAAAUCGGCAAACUUUGAUUAUCUGUCCUUCUUCUUUGCAGAUGUGUCGAGAUUUGUUGAAGGCAGAAAAUAUUUUGUCACAGAGCAAAAAUACGAUGGCGUUGUGCCAAUCAGUAAACUGUUGGUGUUCACUGAGAUGUAUGACUCCAAGGUUAGACGUGAAGGUGUUGCCUCAACAAUCAAGAACUCUCUGUUUGAGGUUGAGGCUCAUGUGAACCUGUUAGAUGAAGAUGGUGUUAAUAUCUUGCCUUAUUUGCUCUUACCAAUUGCAACAUCUGAGGAUGCCAACCUGGACGAGGAAGAAUUGUUCAAGCUACCAGACGAAUUGCAGUUACUUCCAGAAGACAAGAGAAGAGAGCCAAUUGAAGAGAUCAUCUGUGUCCAUUUGGAAAGUUUGUUACUCCUUUGUUCAACAAAAUCAGCAAGAGAGUAUCUCCGCUCCAAAUCCGUUUACCCACUGAUUAGAGAAUUGCACAAGAAUAGUAACAACGAUAAAGUCCAAGAGAUUUGUGACCGUAUAGUCCAGAUGCUGAUGAGAGAUGAAGAUCCUAACAAUGACAAAAUGGAGGAAAUACCAACAAAGGAAGAGUUGGGUGAUAUCGAGUCUGACGAGGAAGAAGCUAAGAAAAUCGAACAACGUCUUGAAGAAGAAGCAGAAGAGGAAUCAAGUGAUGAUGAUGAAAUUGUCGAAGUGGUAUAG